AUGUUGAGCGAUUCAUCGGGCGGCUUGGAUGCGGACACCGAAGAACAAGACUUCCGCAAAGUCUUUUCACCUGAAGAACUGUUGAAACGCCGUCAAGCCACCGUUUUGCUCUACACACACAGCGUUCGGCACCUACAGGCGGAAGACUACGUCAUUACCCUUGGAAAUGGUAGCGUUAGUGAGCAAGGCACAUUUGACGCACUGAUAGCUGGUGAUGGCUACGUCCACCGUCUGGGGUUGAAUGGCUUGUCCGAAAGCGAGACAACGUCUGAGGAAUUGAUCAUCGAAAACAAUGUACAAGAAUAUUUGUCGCCAGUGGAUAAGAUAAAACGGGCCAAGCUUGCCGUUGCCCCCAAUUUGGAUGCGUCCCGGCAAGUUGGAGAUGGCACUGUCUACAAGCAGUACAUGAAGAGCAUGGGAUGGCUGCUCGCAGGGUCUGCAGUUUUCUUUGCUUUUCUCAGGGGCUUCUUCUUACAUUUCUCCACCAUCUGGCUCACGUACUGGGUCGAGGACGCACAAUCGCAACGCCCAAAACACCAUUCCGCUUACUGGGCCGGAAUAUUCGCGCUGUUUCAGAUCGGUGUCUUGAUCUCGCUCUUCCUACUUGGCGCUCCCAUUUGGAUUGUCUCUAUCAAACGCGCUGGCGCAAACCUACACAUGGAUAUCUUGAAUACGCUGAUCACCCAAGUUGUCGGGCAAAUGGCUGUUAUGCUGACGGUGUCUCCCUACUUGGCCAUCACUUUACCCUUCCUCGCCGCCCUGCUGUACGUGCUACAAAAGUUUUACCUGCGCACUUCAAGGCAACUUCGAUUGCUCGAUCUGGAAGCCAAGAGCCCACUAUACACGCACUUUCUUGAUACUGUUAGAGGCAUCACAACUUUGCGGGCAUUCGGCUUUGUCCGCGAAGAUAUCCAAAAGAAUGCCUGUUUUCUCACCUCGAGCCAGCGACCUUCGUAUCUCCUUCUCAUGAUACAGGAAUGGCUGAAUGUCGUACUCGAUGUGGUAGUCAUGCUGUUGGCAGUAGGGUUGACAACGGUUGCCGUGCGCUUCCAUUCCAACUCUGCUCUCACUGGUGCUGCUCUAUACAGUCUUUUGAGCUUUGGAGAGAACCUCGCUGGUAUUGUUCUGUUUUGGACUAAGCUUGAAAGCUCGCUUGGCGCGAUUGCCAGACUUAAGAUAUUCAACGAGACGACCAAGCCUGAAGACACAGAUGGAGAGGACAUUGACGUACCCGAACAGUGGCCUCAGCGCAGCGUGGUGGAAUUAAAGGGCGUUUCGGAAAAAUAUGCCGCCAAAGAUCAGGACGACGGGAAAACGAGCCUUACUCUCCCCGAUAUUCAGCUAAUUAUUGGCUCUGGAGAAAAGAUUGCUAUUUGUGGUCGUACUGGCAGCGGCAAAUCCAGCCUCGUUGCUCUACUUCUCAAGCUCCUCGAUCCAAUAUCCACCACGACGGAGAAUAUUACAAUUGAUGACCUGCCGCUUCAUCGGCUGAACCGAUCCGUGCUACGCCAAUGUAUCAUUGCAGUUCCUCAAGAAUCCGUCUUCUUGCCCGAUGGGUCUACGGUUCAGAACAACCUUGACAUUGCCGAGGAGGCCACCCCCGAGGAGUGCAAGGCCGUUCUUGAAUCCAUCGGCUUAUGGGACUUUGUCAAGGAACGAGGCGGCUUGGCCACAAGGAUGAAUGUCUCGAGAUUUAGCGCUGGACAGCGGCAGCUGCUCUCGUUUGGCCGAGCCCUUCUCAGGCGCUCCGUUCGAGAGCGCAAGUUUGGGGCCACUGGGCAACUGGGCGGCAUCCUCAUUCUGGACGAACUGAGCUCAAGCGUGGAUCAAGAGACGGAACGCAUCAUUCAGGGCAAUAUUAGAACUGAGUUCAGAGACUACACGGUGAUUAUGGUUAGCCAUCGAUUGGAUAUGGUUAUGGACUUUGACAGGGUGGUGGUUAUGGAUACCGGCGCGAUUGUGGAGGUGGGCAAGCCAGCCGUGUUGGUGCAACAGGCUGGAACCAGGUUUGGUGAUCUGGUAAGAGCAGGAAACAAGUAG